AUGGUUCCCCCUGGAAUCAAUUGGCCAGAAGUCAUCACAUCAUUCGCUUCCAUGAAAGCAAGUUUGGAGCGAAGAAUGUCCGAAAAUGAGAAUUGGUCGGUAAACGACAUUGUUACCUGGUUCAAUAUGGUCAGAAACUUCUACAUUCUUCAAAGUGAGAUCUACAGACUGUGCGACGUCACUGAUUUGGUGAAUUAUGAGAUUAUCAAAACUUAUGCAGCAGAUAUGCUUCAGACGAUGGUGGACAUUAUCGAUCGUCAGAUUGAAUUGCUUCAUUAA